CCAACCUGAUAUAAUUCCUGAUUCCAACGUCAUACGGAGUAACACUUUGCGAACCAAAUGCCUCCUAACUUUUCCGAAUUUGGGUGGAUUUCCGUAACUUGCGAUUUGAUCUUACGGAGCACCGGGAAUCAAUUCUUGUACAAAAAAGUUUGGCCAAUUUUUAAUUUCCUUCGUAACCUCCGGUUCUCAGUUCUCACCCCAGCUCGCCUUCCCUCAUCAACCAAACGCUGCCCCGAUCUCCACCGCGUUACCGCCAAGUCCACAGCCAUCUUCAUCGAUUCUGCAAUCCACAAAACGCGAAAUUCGAGAGCAUCCUCAGUUGCUCAUUUGAUCACACAGCUCCGCAUACUGCUUAACCAAAACCUGCCAUCCUCACUUGCUCUUUUGCUUUCAACGCAUGCGCAGGAAGGUUAAUGCUUGAGGGUCGGAUACAUUCUUUGAUUUGGGUUUAAGUUUGAUGUGCUUUUUCCAAGGACCAUAGCCCGUAGUUGUAAAUUUUGCGAAUUUUAGGGUGCCGACAAAAUGUUUGAUGAAAUGCCUAACAGAGAUAUUGCAUGUUACUUGGAAUGGUUUGAUAUGUGAAUUGGCGUAGGUAGAUUUCUUAAUGAAGCUCUGGAGUUAUUUUAUUGAAUGUGUAGGAUGGGAUUGAGGGCACCGAUGUUGCCGUGCUUGGUGUUUUUCUGCUUCCUCUCGAUAAAGUUGGGUGUAUUAUAGAACACAGACAGCGGUCAUGGAGUUUGCAGCGAAUACGCGUGAUGGUUGCAGCAAUUGGCAAACUUUUGAGCACUCUGCGGCAUAUAAUACAAGAGAUAAGUACUACUAAUCCUUUCCACUCAUGUUUAGCGCAUUUUUAUGAUCAUGAUACAUUGAUACAGAGUUUUGUUGCAGAAUACUUCGUAUAUUUAUAUAAUGAAAGUCUGAAACUCAAAUAAGGAGAUGCAGAAACCAUAUUAGCUGUUCUGUUGGGUGUUAAAAAACAAAGAACAAACAUUUGACAGGAGUUUGAUUAAAUUAAGACCACCUUGUAGGUAUUUGUUGUAUAACAAAUGAUCCUUCAAAUCUUCAACAUAAUUGAUAAAUUAGUUGGCAAGUUUGCUUAGAAGAGACAAUGUGAAACAAGCCCGAUGAAGACCAUGUUAUCUCUCAGAGUCUCAAUUAAUUAUAAGAUUCCUUGUGUCUUCUGCUACUCUGGUAUAAAUAGAGGCUAAGAAAGAUGAGUAAUUCAUCAAUUCAUAACUUCUAUCUUACAAUUCUCAGCCUUAAAACAAACUUAAAAGUACAUACCUAAAAAUGGCUUCUUACCACACUCGAUCUUUCAGUUUCCCCUCAAACUCUCACCCAGUUGCUGAUGAGUUGGAUGCACAAUUGAGCAGAUUGAGAUCUUCUCAAGCUGCUUCAACUUCAUCCCUCACCAGCAAACUUAGCGGCCUAAAUGAUUUAUACAAGUGUGUUGAAGAGUUUCUUCAACUACCCCAAAAUCAGAAAACCGUAUCUCAAUCUCAAGGUGAAAAUGUAGUUGAGCAAGUGUUGGAUGGAUCUCUUAGACUACUUGACAUCGUUUCAACAUCUCGAGAUGUCUUGGCACUUUCAAAGGAAAGACUCCAAGACAUACAAUCAGUGCUACGAAGAAGGUGUAGUGGUGAAAUUGACAUUACUAAUGAAUUAUCUGAGUACCUAAAAACACGUAAAGCAUCCAAGAAGAUUAUCAAGAAGUGUUUGAAAGAUAUCAAUGCAGUUGACAAAACUAACGAGUCUAUUGCCAUCGAGAGCAUGCUUAAAGAUGUGCAAACAUUGACAGUUGAUAUCUUUAAGUCUUUGUUAUCCUACAUCAGCGGAUCACAGAAAAGUAGCUGGUCUUUCUCAAAACUUAUUCGCCAAGGAUCUGACAAGGAAGCAGCAACAUCCAUCAGUGACUUUGAAGCUGUUGAUGCUACUCUUAGCCAGAAAAACAAAGCUAAUGUCGACAUGUCACAAUUGGUGAAAUUGGAAUCCGAAAUCCAAGAAAUUGAUGAAGUGUUGGAAAUCUUGUUUAGGCAUCUGAUUAAGACAAGAGCAACUCUUCUCAAUGUCCUUAGUAAUUAGCUAGAAAUUCUCUCCUUUACAAAAAUUUUGAUACUUGAAUAUACAUAUGAAUAUACUAGCACAAUUUUCUCGUAUUUUGUUUGUGUUCUUCAACAAAUCAAUACUUCCUAUCAUGCCUUAUUACAGUCUCGAUAUUUUUACAGUAUGAGAUGCUGAGAUAAAUGGAUUUACUUGAGUAAGUUACAGAAAACAGUAAAUUUGUUUUAAGAAAUUCUCUGUUUUCUCGAUGAAGGUUGACUUAUCAGAAUGACUCCAUGUGAAGUAUGGAUUGAAUUGGCUCAUGAACUAGCUGUAAGAUACCAGUUGUCUGCAGGAGCUUCAGAAAUAUGAUUGUAAGGGCAUGGAUAGUAAUUUAUUGUCUCCUGUAAUCAGGAUCAUGACGGACUUACAGGGAGCAGCUUAUGACAUAGAAAUCGAUAAGUUGAGCAUUGAACGUGUAAUAUAUAAACGUGUAACAAUUAGCUAAGCGCAUUAUUAUAUGAUUGCCUCCAACGCAGAGCUUGCCUAGCUACUUUCUUGGAUCAUGUUGACAACUUAUAUGUUUUAAUAUGUAUGUUGCUAAAUUAUAUUCUUAAUUCAGAUGUCGUUCAUGCAAAGCAUUAAGAUUAGGGUAACCAUGCUAAGCUAGUUUCUCACAUCACAAGAGCAUUUGUGAAGGAAAUGCAAGUGGAACUCCACAAUCUCACAAGAACCAGAUUUAUGAAGAAGUAGCUUUCGAGAAAGUCUCUGAACCAGAAGCCACCACAGAUCCUGCCUUUACUUUCGAUUAGAAAAUGAAAAACCGAUUAUGGAGAGUAUAAAUAUAACGUUAAUCAGGAGAGUAACUACCUACAAGUGAAAUUAUAAUAAUACCCUAAAGAGUCAAUGUAUUGACACAUUACAAUCUCCAUACAGCCAUACUCACCCCUCAAGGCUCAAGCUAGAGUGGGAUAAAAGUUCAAGCGUGGAAAUAAAAGAACGAUGAUGAGAUGGAAGAAGAGCUUUGGUAAGCACCUUUCUGCAAAGCACUUGGAACAUGAACACUUUUAAUGAAGCUUGCUUCCACUUGUUCCUUGAUGUAGUGGUAAUCUCUUUUGAUAUGCUUAGCUUUCAUGACUGUUUAAAUUGUACAAGAAGAUAUUCAAUUUUAUGAGAUAAAUUAAUUUCUUUUUCUUAAAUUUCUUUUGUUAUAGAAGGAACACCAAUUGUAUUUAAGUGUCUAUUUGUCAAAUUAUAGUAAGUAAUUUGCAUUUUCAUGGAAAAAUCUUCUCGACGCUUUUCUGUGUAGAAAAAAAUGGCGCAUUAGGGAGCAGUAAUCCAUGACAACUAAAAGCGACGAGAAAACGUUUCUGAUAUAUGCAUAUUCUAUAGUGUUUUUACCCCAGUUCCUUAGUACUUUUUUUUUAAUCUCAAAUGAGCCAUUCAUAGCCGUUUUUAGUACUAAUAUGUGUUGUGUAGUGUGCUUUGAGUUUUCAGGUUGCUUGAAGUGAAAUUGGCCUUUAUAGGCUCGUUUUAUGGUUUUACGGGCUAUUACACGAUCCCGAGCUAGUUUGGGAUGAUCCUUGUCAACUCUAAGGAGCCUAUGAUGCUCAUGUUCGAGCCCUAAGAGUUAGACUUGGUGAUUAGAAGAGAGAAAGGCGUCCCAAGGCUUAUAUUAAAGGUCGUCUGGCGAUCUACGGGCGAAUGAAGACCAACCGGGCGAAUAAAAGGAGAAAUUGUGCAUUCUACGCGCGCUCGAUUCGAUGCCGUUCGCCCAGUACUCAUCGGGCGGUGAACUCGCCAGUUCUCUCAAGGGCGAAGAAUAAAUGCAUCUGCGCGAGCCCGAUCGGGCGCCCAUCGCCCUGUACCCAUCGGGCGCCUGCGAAUGAGUUCUAGCUGCUGUUGUAUUAUGUCGAGUUGUUCGCCCGAUCAGGCAAUGGGCUGCCGAUCAUUAAAUGCUAAAAAGCGCGCAGAGGUUGUUGUCACCCGACCGGGCGCUGUUUUUAGUUUAACUUUUAGCAAUACUAUAAACACUGAAGCUUAAGGAUUUUGUAAUCAUCUUAUUUUUCAGCACUUUUAGGUUUUUACUUAGCUUAUUUUUGCUCUCAAACUUUUGGUUAAACACUUUUAUUAUUCAAUUCAAGAUUCAAGCUUUCAA